AUGGACCCAGAAACAGAGCCACUUCUCGCUAGCAACCACCACUCAAGCCACGGCCCAGCAAAAGAUAUCGAAAAAGUGACAUGGCGCACAGAAACCCUCCUCAUACUCCGCCAAACCACCCCUCUGAUAGCCACCUACCUCCUCCAAUACAUCUUCAGCCUCACCGCCAUCAUCGUCUGCUCCCGCCUCUCGACCACCGAACUAGCCGCCGCAUCCCUCGGCCUCACAACCUCCAACAUCAUCGGCCUGGCAGUCUGGGAAGGCAUGGCCACCGCCCUCGACACCCUCUGCGCGCAGGCCUACGGCGGCGGUAACCCGGAAAUGGUUGGAGUCCAUGUGCUGCGUUUUACGAUCUUGGUGCAUUUGGUGGCCGUCCCGAUCGGCGGGUUUUGGAUAACUUCGCCGUGGAUCAUGCCGUAUCUGACGCCGGACGCGGAGCUGGCGGAGGGCGCGAGCACGUUUUUGCAGUGGUAUGCGGUAGGCAUCCCGGGGUAUGCGAUGUUUGAGGCUGGCAAGCGGUUUGUGCAGGCCCAGGGGAAUUUUACUUCGGGACUGGGCGUGUUGGUUGUUUGCGUGCCGGUGAAUAUCUUCUUGAACUGGUUGUUGGUGUUCCGCCUUGAGCUGAGGAUUGUUGGAGCUGCGUUGGCUGCUGCGCUGACGAACUUGAUACGGCCGGUUCUGCUAGCUGGGGAUGUUGUGUUUAUACAUCGGCAGACGCUCAAGUGUUGGCCAUCUCAUCUGUCUUGGGUACUGGUAUUCGCAAACUGGGGUCCCAUGGUCAGACUAGCCGUUCCCGGUGCCGCCAUGACCCUAUCAGAGUGGUUGGCAUUCGAGGCGUUGACAUUUGUGACCAGCUAUGCCGGAGUCGAGCAACUCGCAGCGCAAACUUAUCUUGCCACGAUCAGUGUUGUGGUAUGGCAUGUCCAUUUCUCCGGAUCCGUGGUAACGAGCACUCGCCUUGGCCGCUUGAUAGGAUCGGGACAGCUUGAGACCGCGCGAGAAGUGUCCUGGUUUUACUUCUGCAUCUUCAUCGGCAUGGCAGUAUUUGACGUUGCUCUUUUCGUCGUCCUCAUCGAAGUUGUGCUCAGCCAUCUCACAUCCAACAAGCUUGUUGAAGCAGCGUUGCGAGGAGCCAUACCCUUCGCAAUCGUCUUCACCUUCUGCGACUGCAUGGCAACGUGCAUGCACGGGACAAUUCGUGGCCUGGGAUGGCACCAUAUUGGUGGGUGGGUGACGGGAAUCUUCAACUAUCUGUAUGCCGUGCCGCUUGCUCUUGUUCUAGAGCUCGGUCCACCUCGAAUGGGCAAGGUGUGA